AUGCUGAUCAACAAAAAACUCGUUUUAACUUCCAUAGUUCGCACUUAUGCUACUGAGGCUGCUGCUACUGGUCUCCGCUUGACCUUUGCUGUUCCCCAUCAGACAAUCUAUAAGGAUACUUCGGUUGCUCAGGUUAACAUUGCUGCUGUUUCUGGUGACAUGGGUAUCCUUGCCAGCCACGUUCCUUCUAUUGAGCAGCUCCGUCCUGGAGUUGUUGAGGUUAUUGAGAACGCUAUCACCAAGAAAUAUUUUGUCUCCGGAGGUUUCGCUACCAUGAACCCUGAUUCUUCUCUCAACAUCAAUGCUAUCGAGGCUUUCCCUGUCGAGGAGUUCAGCGCUGAAGCUGUUCGCCAUAACUUGGCUGAAGCUCAGCGUCUUGCCAAUUCCGGUGCCACUGAAGAGGAAAAAAUCGCUGCAAAGAUCGAAGUAGAAGUUCUGGAGUCCCUGCAGGCUGCCAUCAAUGCCAAGUAG